UCAAUCAAAAUCAAACGAUAAUUAAAUUUAUUUCAGGCUUUCAAAAUGAAAUAAUGAGUCUAUAUCUUAAUUUCAACGUUUAAUAAUCGAAACAUUACUGCGCAAUCAAUAUAAAAAUCUGUACUAUAACUAGUUUCAUUCCCUAAAUGUAUUUUUUUCGUUUUCUUUUUUUCGCUUUGAUUUUCAAAAUAGCAGAAGUUGAAGAUCCUGGUAGAAGGUUCAAACCAGAUAGUGAAUCUAAUCUCAGUGAGAAAAAAUUUAUACUUGAACGAAAGAAUAAGGGACGUUCUAAAGAGGGUGAGAAAUUAGAAUAUUAUGGUGAUUAUUCAGACAGCACAUCAUCAGAGAGCGAUGAUUCAGAAUAUGAUGUUGAUUUCCGUUCUGCCAUACCAAAACCACUGAAAAUAGGUAAUAUUUCCAAAAAUGAAGAAUUUUCAAAUUUUUUCUCAAGGAAUAAUAAAACAUUCAAGGAUAGGAUAAUUGAAUUCAACAAGAAGCAAGCACUCAAGAAGGAAACAACUCCUUAUAAUAAAGAUAAUUGGAAGAAAAAAAAUGAGCAGUUUGAUAAAGAGGAGAUAAUAGAACAAAAUUUAAAAGAUUUAGAUAAAUCUGAAGGGACUCUUAAAAAUGAUAACAUCAAUUCAAAAGUGAAUGUUUCAUCUCGAAAAACAAAACCGAAAUGGAAACCAGAAUCAUUUCGAAAACAAACUUACGGAGAACGAAAAAAAAAUCUUACUGAUGAAAAAACAGUAGAAAAGGUCUACUUGAACCCUAAAGAACCUCAAAUUUCAAAUGAACCUAUGAAAGAAGCCAUCUUAAACAAAAAGAAACAAGAUAAAGGCGUUCCAAGCUCCAUUGAAUAUUUAUCAACUCCAAUAUUGAAUAGCAAAAUACAAUUUGAUAAAGGAGAUAAUAUAGAACAAGAUUAUAAAGAUGUGGAAAAAUCUGAAGGAACCCAUGAAAAUGAUAAGAACAAUUCAAUAUCAAAUAUUUCAUCUCAGAAAACAAAACCGAAAGGUCCACUCAAAUGGAAACCAGAAUCAAUACAAAAACAGAGUUACGAAGAAUGGAAAAAAAAACUUACUGAUGAAAAAACAGUAAAACAGGUUAACUUGAACGCUAAAGAACCUCGAAUUCUAAAUGAACCUAUGAAAGAAGCCAUCUUAAACAAAAAGAAACAAGAUAAAGAUGUUUUGAGCUCCAUAAAAAAUUCAUCAUCCCCAAUAUUAAAAAGCAAAAUACAAUUUGAUGAAGCAGAGAAAAAAGAACAAAAUUCUAAAGAUGUGGAAAAAUCUGAAGGAACUCAUGAAAAUGAUAAGAACAAUUCAAUAUCGAAUAUUUCAUCUCAGAAAACAAAACCGAAAGGUCAAUCCAAAUGGAAACCAGAAUUAAUACGAAAACCGACUUAUGAAGAAUGGAAAAAAAAACUUACUGAUGGAAAAACAGUAGAAAAGAUCACCUUGAACAAUCAAGAACCUCAAAUUCUAAAUGAACCUAUGAAAGAAGCGACCUCAAACAGAAAUAAACAAGAAAAAGUCGUUUCAAGCUCCACAAAAAAUCCAUCAUCUCCAAUAUCAAAUACCAAAAAAAAGCAUGAAACCUUUUACAAAAAAGCGAAAAAUUCACAUGAAGAUAAAGAAGAAAACUCCAAUAAAAAUAAAAGAGUUGGACAAGAGAGGAAAACUAUAAAUGGGAACGCGAGGAAAGUAUCUUCGAAAGAAGAAACCAGUUAUAUUGACGAAGAAUCGAAAGACAUCUCCGAGAAUUCAAAUUCACAACAGUCUACCGAAUAUGACUUGAAUUCUUAUAAUAGUGAAGGUUAUGAUACAGAAAAUAAAUCCGAAGAAGUCGAUCGGUAUGGAGACGAUGAGGUGGAUUUCAAAAACAAUCUUACUAAAGAGAAUCUUCAAGAAUCUGAUGACGAAUCCAAAUUAUUUGAACCAAAGAGUUUUAUCAAUAGAGAAAGUAAAGACAAUGGCCAACAUUCUAAAAUAUCCUCAACAUGUGACAAUUCUUGGAGCUACAUCGAUGAGCCCAUACGUUUUUCGGAAGAUAACUAUCCAAACUGGACAGAAACUCUUCAAUUCAAAACGUCGAAAAUAAAAGGUGCAAAAAUCCUAGGCUCCAUUAAACCCUGUGGUACUUUAUCACAAUGUGUACACAGCAGGAAAAUCAUAAUGUCACCUUGGUUUCCUCUUCUAUUGAAAAAAGGUCCUCUUGUAGGCAAUUAUACCUCUAUACGUUGUGGGGUAACCCUAAUCUCAAGAAGCCAUGCUAUAACUGCUUCUAAAUGCGUUCUGAAAGCCAAUACUGGACCAUUGUACCUCAUUUUCGGAAACUUCAAUUUUGCUGAUAAAGAUCACGAUGGCUUACUUCGUAAAGUUGAAACAAUUGCAUUGAUUGGCGAAGAUAUGGAGUUAGCUGUUUUAAUUUUUGAAGAACUCAUAUUUUUCAACCAUGUAAAACCUAUAUGCCUCAAAGCAUUUGACGCAUCUGAGGAGAGGCACAAAAAUAUGAAAACAGUGGCUUGGAAUUGGGCCUCAGAAAGUGUUGAUGCUUCUGAUGAAAUCGUGACUGAUGACUACUGUGGUACAAUUAAGAGAAUAGAUAAAAGAAAUGCCACUUUAACGGCUGCACUAAUAUGUCCUCGAGCAGAAAAUUCUUCAACUUCGUUUUGCAUGAGAACUAAAACAACAUCUGUGUGGAAUAAGGAAGAUGCGGUCCCUGGUCUCCCAUUGAUGAUUUCAAGACAUAAAAUUUGGUUUCUCAGAGGCAUACUUUUAAAAAAAAUUGAAGAUAUUUCAACCAGGAGAAAGUCUAAAAAAAAAGUGACUAAAAUCAUCUUCGAAGACAUUGAUCAAUAUCUUCCUGAUUUGAAUGUCAUCGUUAGGAAUACAGUAUAAUUUAGUAAAAUCUCUAUAAUGAAAAUUUCAAUAAUAUAUUGGGUUUCAUUUUA